AUGGAGAAUAAUCUAUAUAUUUACAGAGAAUCUUUCUUGACGGACUUUUUUCGUGAAGAAAAUGGUCCUAAUAACUCUUUAGAGUAUUGUACCGAAGACUUAAUUUAUGCUAUAUGUGCAAUAGGCUCAAUAAUAGAUUUUGGUGAUGAUUACUUUAUGUACCAGGGUAUUUUAUUUGACACGCCUGAAAAAUUCUACUACCAAGCAAAAUACCUCAUAUUUCAAAAACUGAAUUCAAACAGUUAUAACGAAAUUACAUCCAUUCAAACUCUUUUAUGUCUUUCUUACUUCGAUCUAGGAAGAGGGAAUGAUUUAUCAGCGUGGACAUUAGCCGGUAUUGCAUUUCGAAUUGGCACUUUUGACAACUUUGAACUAGACCCUAGACUUACUGUUGGCAACAAUAUUCUGAACACCCACCUGACGCUCACGGAAUACGAAGCUAACGUGAAAACCAGAAUAUACUGGGGGUGUGUGAUUGCCGACUCAUAUAUCUCUUUUGUCUUAGGCAAAUCCCCCACGCUGAGGCAUCUGCGAGCAACAAUGCCUCAUUGUAAAAACUUACCGUUUUUGAAAGGCAUUGAAAGCUUCUUGUAUUUUGAUCCGGUUGCAAAAACACCUAUAAUUGUUAAUAUAUCCAGACCCCUAGAGAAGUUGAACGUGCUCUAUCAGCUUGCCAAUAGAUAUCAUGACCUAGUCUAUAGAGAUUCAUCAUCAAAUAAUGGUCUGUCAACCUUGUAUUAUCUGGAAAAGUUCAAUGUGGACAUAUUUCAUUGGAAGGAUUCACUCCCUAGAGAUUUGUAUUGGACAAAAAAUGAACUAAAAAGCAAUGGAUACAACAUAAAUUUAAUGUUUUUUAGGUAUCAGUAUUACCUGAUUUUACUUUCAUUUAACAGAGACUUCAUCGAUGCUGACAAUAGUUUAGAUGAAACUGUAUCUCCUGCCUUGAUUUGCACCAGUGCGAUCGAAGACCUCUAUACAUCCAUUCAAUGUUUUUCAAAAUUUCAUUCUUUAAAAUAUGCUUCAUUAAAUAUGGUGUAUUUAGCUAUUCUGGGUAUUCAAAUUGUCCCCAAACUUCCAGAAAACAUAGCUCUAACUGUCCAAAAAAAAUCUUUGAUCAAUAUUUUUGGUUCAGUGUUGGCCGAAGGUGCAUCUGUUUACGAAAUCGCAAAAGAUGCCUACGAGGCAUAUCUCGCUAAUUUCAAAGAUUUGGGCUUGAAGCAUAAUAUAGGAAGUAGAAGUCCUGACACAGAUAGAAGUAAACACAGUUUAAACCAUAUUUUGGCUCCUGUUAGUUUUCGUGACGUUCAAGAAACUGUUGGUUUUGACGAAAGUUUAAUUCCUUCCUUGAACUAUGGAUAG